AUGCCGUCGUCAUCCCCCAACUUCGACUCGUCGCAAUUCUCCAUCACGUCCCCGCGCCGCAUCCCCAAAUCAAACUUCACCUACAAACAACUCCACCAGCUCAAAACUUGCAGUCCGCAGACGCCCCUCCGCGUAAUCGCACACGUCGACCUCGAUGCUUUCUACGCGCAGUGCGAAACCGUCCGCCUCGGCAUCGAUCCAUCAAAGCCCCUCGCAGUCCAACAAUGGCAGGGCUUAAUCGCUAUAAAUUACCCCGCGCGCGCAUUCGGCCUCAGCCGCCAUGUCACGUCUACCGAGGCGUUGAAGCAAUGUCCCGAGCUGAUUCUACAACAUGUUGCGACGUGGAAGGAGGGCGAUGAGACAUGGGCGUACCACGAGAAUAGCUUCAAGGACAUGGCGACGCAUAAAGUUAGCUUGGACCCGUAUCGCCAGGAGAGUCGCAAAAUUUUGAAGUGUAUAAAGGAGAUUUUGCCGGAUAAGGAUCAACGGGUUGAGAAGGCGAGUAUUGAUGAGGUUUUUAUGGAUCUUAGUGCGCAGGUGCAUACGAUAUUGUUGGAGAGAUAUCCCGAGUUGAGAGGGCCGGCGCCGUAUGAUGAUCCGACGGAGCGGUUGCCAAAGGUGCCUACAACGGUUUUGGAUUGGGCGGCUGAUGCGCUUGUGGAGACGGGCGAGGAAGACGGAGAGGAUAGAGAUCCAGAUUGGGAUGAUGUGUGCAUGGUGAUUGCGUCUGAAAUUGUGCGAGACGUACGAAAGCAUAUCAAAGAUACACUGGGAUAUACAUGCUCCGGGGGCAUUGCACGAAACAAGAUGUUAUCGAAACUAGGUUCUGGAUACAAGAAACCCAACCAACAGACCGUGAUCCGGAACCGCGCAGUCAAGCACUUCCUCUCCGAUAUGAAGUUUACCAAGAUCCGUAUGCUGGGCGGCAAACUAGGUGAUGAAGUGGUUGCCAUGUUCGGCACAGACAAAGUCAGAGAUCUCGUCGAACAACCACUGGACCAACUCAAGAGACUAGGCGACGACACCGGCACAUGGAUCCACUCCAUCAUCCGCGGCGAAGACAACAGCGAAGUGAACCCACGUACCCAAAUCAAAAGCAUGCUCUCGGCAAAGUCGUUCCGCCCGGCUAUCCACUCCUUCGAGCAAGGCGUCCGCUGGCUCCGCAUCUUCGUCGCAGACAUCUUCUCCCGCUGCGUCGAAGAAGGCGUCUUGGAAAACAAGCGCCGUCCCAAAAGCAUAAACCUGCACCACCGACAGGGUGCUCAAACAAGGAGUCGUCAGGCUCCCAUACCACAAGGCAAACCGCUCUCCGAAACCAUACUUUUCGACCUUGCAAAGAACCUCUUAGCCCAAGUCGUUGUCGACGGCCGCGCUUGGCCUUGCUCGAACCUCUCCCUCAGUGUCGGCGGCUUCGAAGACGGCAUCACGGGUAACAAGGGCAUCGGCGGCUUCCUCGUCCGCGGCGAAGAGGCAAAAGCUAUGAUGUCGUCGACGAUGAUGACGGCGAUAGGGCGAAGUGCAAGUAGCGGCGGCGAGCCACCGGCCAAGAAACGCAGAACAAAAGGCAACAUUGCGAAUUUCUUCGGUCCGAGAGAUGAUAAGAAGAAAGACUUUGAUGCUGCGAGAGCGGUACUACUGAAAGCGCACAGCGAGUCUACGCGCGAGGAAAGCGGGGGCGAGAUGGAGGAAGAUGAACAGGGGGAGGGGGAGGAGGGGUUUCAGGAACAGCGGUAUGAUUUUGAUGGUGUGGAGAGACCGAUUACACCACCACCGCCGUUACGAAAGCAUUGCAGUGACGGAGACAAUACCGUGGAUACACCUCCCUCAGGUCAACUUCACCGUACAUCAAACAUCCCGCCCCCACCACCACAGCCACAGCCAGUUUCCGCACCAACAUUCUUCUGCCCAAGAUGCAACAUCCACCUCCCCCCAGUUGAGAAACCAGAACAUGACGACUAUCACUUCGCGCUCGAUCUGUCGAGGGAGAUGCGCCAGGAAGAACGGACUACUCCUGCUCAGCCUCCGCAGUCUGCGAGAAAGGGGGGUGGUGCGGGGAAGCGAUCGAGGGGUAGGGGGAGGCCGCCUGGGGGUGCGAGUGGGGUGGAGAAGGGACAGGCUAGGUUGGCGUUUGGAAGGGGGGGAUGA